AUGAGAUGCAGCACCGGAUCCCUCCUUCCUGACCUCAUCCAGCUCCGUGCCUCCAUGAACGCGGCGUGGGCGGUGCACAUCUACAACGGCGGCAACGGUCCGUACCUGCUCCUGCACAGCGCGGCCUACGGCCGCUACCUCGCCGCCAUGGCUACGCCGGCGAGGCUCGGCCACUGCAGCCUCCACGCAUUACUGCGCGACUACGACCAGCCAGGGGUGGAGGACAUCAUGUGCCAGGCCAUGGGGUCUGGCUUCGCGAACGACAUCGUCCUGCUCCGCAACAUCGGCGGUCGCUACCUCCGCGCCAACGGGAGGUACCUCCGCUGGAACACCGCUGUCAACGUCGACGACAAUGUCAGCUCCAUGAUGUUCUGGGUCGUCGAGCCCAUGCCAGCCAGAGAAGACAUGUCUGCCCUUCUAGCCCCACCUCCGAAUACCCCAUACGGAUACCUCCUCGGGGUCAUCCACCCAGAGCCGGGAUGGCUGAUCCGGUUCGUGUGGGCGCUCAACGAAGGGCACUACCCCAAGGACCCCGAGGCCGACGGCUGGCAGCAGUUCUGGUUCAGGGGGAGGUCCGCAUUUCACUUGAGGGAUGACCUGGGGUUCCUCGUCAGCUCCGGCAUGUACUACCGGAACAUUUUGCUCUAG